AUGGAGGAAGCGGGCGGCCGGAGGCGUGCGCUGCGGCGCUCAACUCAAGAAGUUCAGAGGGGAAGGUACCAGGAGCCAUAUGCGCUCGGGGUUCAAAGGCCGGCCUGGGUUCACCCGGAUCCGGUCUUUGACCCCGGCGCGGCCCGUUGGGCGUCCUUCCCAACCAUCCCCCUGGACCAGAGGGGUCCGGGGGAUGAGUAUGUAGAGGCGAGAGACCGGGGCGAGCUGGACGCCUGGCUGCGGGAGCAGAACCCCUCCCCCAGGCACUUCAGUGACGACGAGGAGGAGGACGACAACAAGCGGCCAGCGGCCGAGGAGCGGGAGGUCCAAGACGAGGACAGCAUGGACUGGGGUAGUCCUGGCGAGGGUGAGUCCAUUGCUUGGUCUCACCUGAGCCAUGGCGCCCAAUGGAUCUUGUUUGAGGUCAUUUGUGGCUCCCAGUCCUUUGCCUUGGCAGCUCGAGCCUUGGGCCUCACGACUCCAGAAGUCAUCACCUUUGUUGUGUCUUACAUACAGCACCACCGGGAGAUCCAGGCGUGGGCAAAGACGUGUGACGGGAUGGACCCUUCUGAACUCCUCGACCAGAUUCAUGAGCGAGCGCCUCCGAGAGACGGCUUGAAAGUCCUUAACCAGCCAUUCCUUCCCACUCAAACCAUCAAGCAUGACGAGUACGAGAAGGCAUAUCAGUAUUUGCGCCAAAUCGGACAGGGCGAGCACAUCCGAGGACUUGAGAGAUGUCGUGGGAUCUCUGAGGGGUUUCUUGAGAUUCCCAUCGAGCGCGAGAUCUUGGCCGCCUGUAUCGCCAUUCUCGAGAAGGGUACCAAGGAUUCCGCUUUGCAUGACGUCGACACUCAGACCCAUGACGGACCGCAACCCUGGCAUGACCAGUUCGACCCAAAGCAUCAUGAGUUGGUGAACAGGAUGAUUCAAAUCCAAGCUUACCUCAAUCACUUGGAUCAUACGAAGGGCAAGCCGGCGAGCACAUCUUCCGCGGCCAACCCGACCGAGCAGCACGACACUCCUACUUCAGAGCCGUUCAGAGAGCCUCAGAGUACUGGCCAAGUGUACGCUCGGAACAACCCGAUGUUUGGCGAGAACAACCAGUAUGCGUGGAUCUUUGAGAACCUGGACAUGGGUGAGCUUUACACUCCAACCGAAGUCCACAAGUAUCGCAACCGUCCCGCUAUCUCGUAUGAGGACUUUCAGUCUGCUGCCGAUGGCAAUCCUGAAGUCACUGCAGUGCAGGAGCAUGACCAAUCCGAUGAGGACCAACUCCCCGACGAUGAAGUUCUAGACGAGGCAUUCCACGAGGCUCAAGUCAACAAUCAGCCUGGUGUUCCCUCGUUCCCCUUCGAUGGACUCUUGCCCGAGGCCCAGGAGCUUAUGCCCUGCCCCAGCAUUCCGGAGCCAGAGCCAGUGGUGGAUCAUACUCGCGUCCUUACGAACUUGUCUCUCCCCGAGUUACAAGUUCAAGAUGACCAACAGGCUCAGCAGAUGGCGAGCUCAGCGGUACUCCAGCCUGUCUCUUCUUACAUGGAUGAGGUGGAUCCCAAUACAUCUCCUUCGGAUUCGCCUGCAUACGAAUAUUUUCAGUCGUCUGCGUUCAAGGAGAUUAUCCGCAACACCAAGCCCCAAUGGUACCCUGACGAGAUGGCACUUCCAGUUGCGCGACCGGAGAUGCCUACUUUCGAGGCGAUCAUCCGCCAGAGUGUUGCUCAGAAGGCCAGCCAUGAUGAGGACAUGCCUGACGCGGCCAUGCCUGGCGCGAGCUCGAACGCCAACUUCGACAACGAGCAGUCGGAUCCGAUGCCGAGCACCAACAAAUGUGGAACCCCUAGAGUCCCUGGAGUGUCUGCGGUAUCCAAAGCACAUGCCGUCUUCAAAGCUCCUGCCGCCUCUCAAGUUCCCACGGUCUCUCGAGUCCCUGAGCUCUUCCAAGUCCCCAGAGUUUCUGCAGUUCCCCAGAUCCCCAAGAGCUCUGCAUCCCCUAAGGCUUCUCAAGUCUCGAGAACCUUUGGAGUCUCUAAUGUCUCUGCGGUCCCUGCAGCACAGGAGCCUCGUUUCGCCCUGAAGGAUGCCGUGGUCCCAGUGGCUCAGGAAGAAAUCACGUUCUACAACAACCCUAUGCCCGUCGCUGGAGGCUCGCAGCGCAAUGUCGUUGACUUGACUGGUGAUACUGCGGGAUCUGCUUCUAGUCCUCCUGCGAGACCUAUGGUUGCUACUCCUGCAAGACCCACGGUUGCCCCUCCCGCGAGACAGACCAAUAUGUCCCGAACUCCGGCUGGGCGCGAGGAUAGUCCCGAGCCUCCAUCCACGAAGAGCUCUACCAAGCCAUCCCGCAAGCGUCCGGCAGAUGACAGCGACGGAGAAUACGUUCCCGACAAGCCCAAGAAAGCUCGCAGAUCGAAGAAGGCCACGGCCGUUCUGCAGCCUCUACCCCAGCCGCAGCAGAUGGGCCCCAACGGUAUACUCCAGCCCGUCAAGCGUGGCCGAGGACGUCCCCGCAAGUAUCCUAGACCCGAGGACAUUGCCGCCGCACAUGCUGCUGUGAAUCAGUUCACGAAUCAAGCAACGGCUAUGCAGACCCCCGCGAACAGUUCUCCCGUUCCGAACGCUGCUUCACCUCCGGCAGGUAGUAACCCAGUUCCUGGCCCCGAGCCAAGGGCCCCUCAGGCGCCUACAAUUGUCGUGGCUCACAAAACUCGAACCAAGCAGAAGACGAACCAAUCAUCCGAGAGCAGUCGUCAAGCUAGCGUCGAUCAGCCUCAUUCGCAGAGAACUGCCCAGUUCGAGGAAAUAAUGACGCCAGUCUCAAGAUACAGCAAUGAAUCUUCGAACUCGUACACUCAUCAGAUGCCCAACUUCAAAGCUGAUGGUCUUCAAACGACAAGUUACGAUCCCAUGCCCAAUUCCUCCUCUUUCGGCAUGCAGCCAUCUGCUGCUAAGCUGCGUCAAUCGUCACUUCCUGGCGCCUAUGAGUCUUCGAACUCGUCCGUUCCUCGGGAGCCCCAUUCCAGAGCUGACACUCGCCAAAUGACAAGCUACGAUCGCAUGCCCGCGUCUAUCACCUUUGGUAUGCAGUCGCCGGCUACUCAGCUGCGUCAUUCGUCGGUUCCUAGUCCCUAUACUUCGAACGGAAACAAUGCUCAGGAGACCGACUUCACUUCUUAUGGCCGUCAUCUGGGAAGCCAAGAGGCUCUUCUCGUGUCAUCUACUCCAGGCAUACAGCCGUCUACUGCUGGGCAGCGUCCAUCGUCGCGUCUUGAAGCAUAUCCUCCUUCGAACUCAUACUUUGCUCAGGAGACUGACUUCACUACUUAUCGUCGCCAGCCAGGAAGCUACGAGCCUAUGCCUACGUCUUCCACUUCUGAAAUGCAGUCGUCUACCGCUGACUUGCGUCAACCAUCGUUUCCUGGAGCCAAUGCUCGCCAUUUGCCGCCUAUUCCUCCGCCCGAAAUCCAACACCUGACCGGAAGAGAGGCCUCCGUGCCAGCCGUUGCGCCCGCUCCGAACCGCGCAUCUUUCCAGCAAUCGUCGGAUACUCCUGCUACAGCCAACAACCCGAGCCAAGUCGACCGAAUGGCCCCGGGAGCCCCUCGCCAAGACAAACACGGCAGAUUGUUCCCUCCUCAGUAUGAUACGUACGAGGAGUUCUGGGAGAAGGUGCCCGAUGGCGCGGACUACGUUAUGACGAUGGUCGAGAAGGGGUGGCCUUCUCACAUAGCUAUGCAGCUUGCCCGAGAGCGACUAGCUAUGAACAUGGCAUCGUGGCCGAACAGCAUCUACUCGAUCCACUACCAGGCGAAUGCUGCGAGAAUCCCGUUCCCGGGCGUUACAGCUAGCAUUCGCAGAGAGAUUGAGGCUGAGAAGGCCACCGCCGCCGCUCAACUGCGCAAGGACAGCGAGCGAGCAGACGACUGA